GGAGGGGAAGACGGAGUAUGAGUGCACACUUCUUAUUACUGCUUAUUCCACGAAUUUAUAGGUACAAAUACAAUAUUCACAUACCCAUAUCCGAAGCUCAUUGUCGAACGUACCUUUCUCUAAAGGUAGCCUUUUGUGUUAAUAAAACAACCUGCGCCUAUUAUCUCCAGCUAUCGAGAGUCAUAGGACGGUUGCAACGAUCGAAAUGUAUCAUAGCCGUAUGAGAUGGGUACUGAGGCAGCACUCUUUAAACACAAAAAUUCCUUUUGUUGAUUCUCCAACAAUCUCAACUACCCUGUAUUCUUCUGUGCGAGUACCUCUUUGCAGUCGGUACCAGCAAUGUGAGCAGCAGCCGCGACUAAAAUGCCACAGCAGGGCAUAUAGUUCCUGCUUUCAUCACUCACGACGUAUUUUAAAUGAUACAGGGGGUUUGCAACCGCCUACAAGGGGCAUAAGGGCAAAAUAUGGCCCUCAUUUCAGACUCAGUGCAAACGUCCCGCCCCUACAUUCUGACAUCGGCAUGCAAACGAGUGUAUUACAGAGAUCUGCGCAGGAAAUAUUUGCAACAUUGUUUCCAACGACACGUUUUACAGGUGCCAGUCACCAUAUUGAAAGUACUGACAACUUUCAAAACAAUGCACCAUCAUCUCAGAAAGCAGCGUCAUCGGUGAACCUCUUUACACUGAUACGUCAAGCUGGGGGGAGGAACGAAAUGUCAGAGAGUGCCGUCGCGCACCGUGUCUUCCAUGGCGAUCCGGCAUCCAACACUACGCGAGCAUCGGCAUGGGUUGGCUUAAACACAACACUUGGUGUCUUGUUUGGGUUUGGAAAUGCAAAAAUGCCGAGGCCUGAGAAGGAAUGCCGAACCCAAAUGGACAACAGAUCUGAGACUCGUACGAGCAGUGUCCCAUCUGGUGAAAGCAAAGGAGCCUACGUAGACUACAAGCAUUAUAGAGACGCCUAUCGACUAUGGGCUAAAGUUAGGUGCAAGCUCGCUCGUGAUCAGGUGAUAUUGACGAAUAUUUACCAACGUAUUAACGACGAUAAGCCGUGUAACACGGUACUGGAUGAUGAUGCCGCACGUCGUGACAUGCUUGAUAGCAUGUGGCUUCUAUUUUCUCUUAUUUUCUGCAUGUUGGUGUGGCUCUUCAUUGAUGUCAGAGAAUAUAUUGAACUCACACGUCAACUCAACUAUGUGAGCUACGCGGAACUAAAAAAAAUGAAUGAAUCUGGCUCCAAUGAUAGCAGUACCCAUGGCUACAAUAAAAGGGGUCGAAGCGGUGGUAAUAACGGCAACGAUAAUUGUGGUUCCCAGGGUUCAUCCUCCGACAAGGAAACCAAUUCGUCCAGGAAUAAUGUGAAAAUUGAGUAGCUAAUGAUAUAGCGUCAGCCAAUAAACGAUGAAAGGAGAGAGAGAAAGAAAGUUGAUAAAUUCGCAAGGAACACUGCGUUUUUAUUUUCAAAACAAA